AUGUUUUACCUUAAACCAGGGGAAAUUAUACCUACUACUCCUGCUCCUCCUACUAAUACUACGACUACUACUCAGUCAACGACAAAAACAACAACAGUAACAGCACAACCACAGGUAGACGUGUUAUCGACGACGACGACUACAACAACAACAAAAUCGUCUGACACAACAACACCAGCCUAUGAUGGAGUACCUACAUACAGUUUUGUUGAAUUUUCUCUGGCAACGAGACCGUCAACAGCAAUCGCACCGGUUAUGCUACCACUCGUUUCUACUAAAUUCAAUGUUAAAUCAAAUUUAUAUAAUCAAGUUAAUGAUACACCAGUUGAAUGGAUUGAAGAAUAUGCCAAUACAAGUUCACCUGGUUAUGCUAAUUUAAAAUCAAAAUAUUGUGAUUUAUUAACAUACUACUUAAAACAAGGUGAUAGUAAUGCAGCAGAUGGUGCAAGUUGUGAACAAGUGACUUUUACACCAGUAACUAGUACUAGACCAGAUGGUACAGUGAUACGAAGUGUAGUAGGUGAUACAACGAUUAAUGUACCGACAACAACAGGAACACAAUUAACGGGUAAUCAACUUUAUGGAUUAUUUAUAAAUGGAUAUAAUAAAACUAGUACAGCACCAUCAUCUAUUAAACUAAAUGCAUUAGAUGUUCAACGCACCUCAGGUACAGUUACAUGUUCACAAUUUACUAAUCCAUGUGGAGAACAUGCCACAUGCCGUGAUUCUCCUCCAGGAAUUACUUGCUUUUGUAAUUCUAUGUGGAAAGAUAUGAAUCCAAAUGAUCCUGGAAAACAAUGUGUUUUACAUCCAGCUGCAAUUGCAUUAAUUGUUUUAGCAUCAUUACUGUUAUUGGCUGCAUUGAUCUUAUUACUUAUUUGUUUAUUACGUAGACGUCGACGAAGGAAUAGUUCCAUUUUAGCAUCAACUGAUUUAGCAACAUUGAAUAAAUUAAAAGAAACUAAAUCAUGGAGAUCAAAGUUAGAUAAAAAUAAAAUUCAACUUGAUGGAGAUCAGUCCAUUUCAAUGGCUCGUGCUUCAGUGACAGAUAGCCCAAUAGCAUUAACAUCUAUUCCAGCGUCGCCAGUUCUACUAACAGGUUUACCAAUGCCACUUACUCCAACAGCGAGUAACAUGAUUGACGGUCUUCCACAAAGAGUUGGAAGUGCAUUGCCUCUUACGGGAACUGCCCUCCCCUUGUCUGCGCUCAGAGGUAGUAUGCCGAUUAACGGCAUUCAACAAAUUCCAGCAUCUGCAUUGCCUCUUACGGGAACUGCCCUCCCCUUGUCUGCGCUCAGAGGUAGUAUGCCGAUUAACGGCAUUCAACAAAUUCCAGCAUCGCCAGUUCCACUAACAGGUUUACCAAUGCCACUUACUCCAACAGCGAGUAACAUGAUUGACGGUCUUCCACAAAGAGUUGGAAGUGCAUUGCCUCUUACAGGAACUGCACCCCCCUUGUCUGCGCUCAGAGGUAGUAUGCCGAUUAACGGCAUUCAACAAAUUCCAGCAUCGAACUGCACCCCCUUGUCUGCGCUCAGAGGUAGUAUGCCGAUUAACGGCAUUCAACAAAUUCCAGCAUCGUCAAUUCAACCAACAGUUGGAACGCCAGCUGGAUUGGUAGGGUCAACACUGCCUCUCACCUCAAUGAAUAAGAUGAUGCCUAGUGAUAUGUCAAGAUUGGCAACAGCAGUCCCUGCAUCGCCAGCUGGAUUGGUAGGGUCAACACUGCCUCUUACCUCAAUGAAUAAGAUGAUGCCUAGUGAUAUGUCAAGAUUGGCAACAGCAAUUCCUGCAUCUCAAAUGUUAUCAACAAACAUGCAAAUUCCUAAAUCUCCAGUUAUAACCAACAUGUUAACCAAUGCAUCAGGCAGUUUACCACAGAAUUCUAUGAUUCCUUCAACAACAAUUCCACAGAAUAAUCUAUCAACCAAUUCGAAUAUUUUCAAUUUUGAAAAUUUAGAUAAAAUUUGAAAUGAUGAUAAUGUAAUAAGAAUAUUCAUCUUAUUGUUUAGUAUUCAAAGUUCAAUAACACUUUCUAUUGACUCUAUAACAGUAAACAUUAAACACAGAUACGAUGAUAAGUUUAUUUUUAUAUACAUACAUAUACACAUUAUAUAUAUAUAUUACAUUUUAUUAAAAGCAUGAGUAUAACUAUCAGUGUGCUUGUGCGUGUGUGUGAGUGUGUGCGCGCGCGCAUGAUUACCCAUUUAUUGUUACACAUUCAUUUUAUGUUAUCUAUGAUGAUAAAAACUAACAAUAAUAAUAGUUGCUAAUGCAUCUUGUCAUUUGAAAGUGAUGAUACCUUGAAUAAGUUUCAAGUUUUAUCUCACUUGAAUGAUAAUUUCAGUGUAAAAUAUAUCAAAU